CAAAGUACAUUCGCUCAACGGUUUCGGAGGUUUCUAUUUUUAUCACCCGUAUCGACUCGAGAAAUUUGUUAUGUUUUGAUUCAAUCAAAAGUUCGAAAUUGUUUGGAGUGUAGAAAAAUAAUUUGUUUUCUGCAAAAUGGAUACUGAAAAUGGCAACCCCGAGAACAGAAACGGAACGACGCAAAGAGCUGUUGACCCCACAACUGGCGAAGUUAUUCCGAACGUCAACACCUACCAGCAGAAGAAGAACUUGGCCCAGGGAAUGAUGGAUCUGGCGCUGGUUUCGGCCAACGCCAACCAGUUACGUUACGUGAUCGAAUCGUUCACGCGACAUCCCUAUUACUAUUUUAGCCUGUGUUUCAUCUCGGUCAGUUUGAUCAUCCAGAUUGCGGUCGGAAUUGGGCUGAUUAUGAAUAGCCGCUAUGACGUCAACGAUAGGCGUGAAAUUUGUAAGGCGAACAAAAUCAACGAUCUGGUCACAAUGGGGAUCUUUCUGAUAACGCUGAUCAACGUGCUGAUAUCGGCCUUCGGAGUAGCGCCACCGCAAGUUCAGUGAGGGUUUUUUGGAAAAUCAUAAAUCUAUCAUCAAGUGUCGCAUCACCCGGCAGCUAAUCGAAUGAUUAGCAGCGGUUUGACAUGCUUCGGAAGAUUUAUUCUAAUUAGAUCAGUUGUGUGUUCUGUUCAUGCAGAAUAAAGAUUCAUUGGGAAUGCUAAUCAAUUGUGAUACGUACAAUCACAUAUAAGACAGCUACUCAUCUUAACCUGUAUUUUAAAAAUGGAAUCCGUCCGUCAUCUAAUUAUUUAUU